GUUUAUUUAGCAAUCUCUUUAUCCUACGGGUUUCCUAUCUGAAACCGUGUGAUGCUUAUCUCCUCAAUCCUCCCGGCUCCGUAAAGCAUUCCUACGCCCCUCCGUCAAUGUCAUCUGAUUAGUAGAUGGAAGUCAGUGUCUGCCGGCUCAGAAUAUCUGUUCUUUGCUGCGUUCGAGUGUUUUUUGGGUCCAGAUAAUUCGCUUCCUAAAAAGCGGCCAUCUUUUCUCGCUUUUGGAAACCCAUAUCUCGGCAUUUCUAGGGUUCAGGGCCCUGUCGCUGCGACCCGUUUCUAGGACUCGUAUUAGCGGAAAAACGUUUCUAUUUUUGGUUCGAUCGCUUCUCUUUUCGUAGUUGAUUUUGUUGGGUUUGAGAUCUUAAGAAAGCUCUAUCGUUUGCUGACAUAAACAUAAUCUAUAGAUGUUUUGUGUUUGACUUUGUGUUUCCUUCACGUCCACCAGAUGUUUAGGCGAUUGUCCAAAAAGUAAGGACAUUUCGUUGAUCCUGAAGAGUUACGGAUCUUUGAUCGUUGGGGUUCCAUCUGUGACCUCGUCUCUAAGUUUGUUUCUGGAUUCCGUACUGGUUUCUCUAAGAAAGGUGGUACCUUUGUGAUUGUUGAGUUCUGUGGAUCCAUCCAUAGUCAUGGACAAGGAUAAGUCGCCAGCACCUGGCGGAGGCGGAGGUGGAGGUAGUGGUCGUGGUUUGCCGCCCCAUUUGCCACGAUACUCCCCCUUUGGUUCCCCUUCGAGCAGUUUCAGCUUUAUGGGUGAUCUCUCAGCCUCUUCUUCUUCUCAGCCAUCUUCGAAUUCUGGUCAUUUUGCUUACGAGACACCAUCUGAUGCUCGGCGGUUCAGCUAUGAUGUCAGCCGGAUGCCUGAUUUCCCACAAAGGAAUGCUGGUCACCGUAGAGCACACUCAGAAAUACUCGGCCUCCCAGAUGAUAUCUGCUUUGAUAGUGACCUUGGUGUGGUGGGGUCGCAUGGUGGACCAUCGCUGUCUGAUGAGGCUGAGGAGGACCUCGUUUCCAUGUACAUCGAUGUGGAAAAGUUCAGCUCUGGUGCUACCUCUGCUGCUCUGUCGAUUGGUGAGGUUUCACAGUCUGCUUUGCCUCCCGUUCAGGCUCCUCUUCAGGGUGAGAAUGUGGCAUCGAGUUCGAGUGAGAAGCCAAGGAUAAGGCAUCAGCAUAGCCAAUCUUUGGAUGGAUCUACUGCAAUCAAGUCAGAGUUCCUGCUGUCUGGUGGGGAAGGACCAUUAUCUGCAGAGGCGAAGAAAGCUAUGUCAGCUGCAAAACUUGCAGAACUGGCUCUUGUUGAUCCAAAGCGCACAAAGAGGAUCUUGGCCAACAGACAGUCAGCUGCAAGAUCAAAAGAAAGGAAGAUGCGAUACAUUGCUGAGCUUGAGCGGAAAGUGCAGACUCUACAAACUGAAGCAACAACAUUGUCGGCUCAACUGACAAUGCUACAGAGAGACACCAAUGGCCUAACGGCUGAAAAUAACGAGUUAAAACUGCGAUUGCAGACCAUGGAACAGCAGGUUCACUUACAGGAUGCACUGAAUGAGGCUCUAAGAGAAGAGGUUCAGCACCUGAAGCUGGCUACAGGCCAGAUGCUACCAAAUGGUGGACAGUCAACAAACACCAUUCCACCUUCCCUUGGGGCAAAUCAUCAAUUUUACCAUCAGAAUCAAGCGAUGCACUCUCUCCUGGCAGCCCACCAAUUUCAGCAACUCCAGAUCCAUUCUCAGCAUCCACAACAGCUGCAGCCAUCACAUCAGAUUCAGCCGCCGUCAUCGCUGCAGCAUUUACACACCCUGCAGCCACAGCAGCAACCACCCGCAGACCUAAGAAUGAAGGGAUCAUCGACUUCUCAGAACCAACGUGGGGAGGCCACAUCGGACAACAACAGUGCUCAAGAGUAAAAUGGUUUGUGCUCCAUAGCUAUCUAAAUCCUAUCCAUGAAGUAUCGCCUGCUUGUUUCUCGUUGGUUAUAGUAUCUGAACCAUCCAAAGCAACUCAGAUUUGCUGACGAUGAAUGUGAUUAUCUAUUUGUAGUCGGUCCUCUUGGUUAGUAUGUAAGCUAUCAUGGUUGGUAACUUGCAGAAUUCUUGCUUGGCAUCUGAAUGAAAAUUAAUGCUCUUGCUGAGCUAUUUCCCA